AUGCUCACCUCACGCAGCCUAAUAUCUCUCACUCACGCAUCCUACCGCUGCUUUUUGAGUCCUGCACCCAGCUUCUAUCUCUCUUACGGUUGCUGCUUCCAAACCCGCCUCGCAUCUACCCUCCCUGACCUACCCAUCUUUCGCGCUCUACACCACCACGAUCCGAAGUCAAUUGCCAUCGUCCACAGUGCCUCCGGCCGGUCCUUCACCUAUGGUAGCUUAAUUGGCGAUGUCUUACGCUCCCAAAAAAACCUGCUGCAAUGUUCGGGUGCACUCCCCAAAAAUGUAGAUUUGCAAGGUUCGCCCGUGGCAUUUUUGGCAGAGAAUGGUUAUGACUACGUGGGGUUGGAUUAUGCUGAUAUUUUCGAAACCUCAGUGGCUCUUCUCUCCAUCCUUGCCUGCGACGGUAUCGCACUGCCUCUCUCACCAAGCUUUCCCUCUGGCGAGUUGAGAUAUAUCUUGGACAAUUCGCAGGCUGGUCUAUUACUGGCGACGGAGAAAUAUAGUAAGAAAGCUCAGGAACUUGUCCAGAUGGAUCCGGAGCAUACUAUACUACUUAGAAUACUUGACGAGAUCGAAAUGGGUGCGGAUCCAGUUACACAAUUGCGCUUUCAAGGUAUGUUGGACCCGCGAGGUGGAAUGAUGCUGUAUACGUCGGGGACUACGAAUAGGCCGAAAGGAGUCUUCCUCCCGCAAUCUGCCCUAUCAGCGCAAACCCAGUCCUUGGUUGAGGCAUGGGAAUACUCCCCCGACGACCGACUGCUCCAUUUGAUGCCCCUCCACCACAUCCAUGGCGUGGUCAAUGCCAUUCUUGCUCCAUUAUUAGCGGGUUCGUCUAUCGAGUUCCUGUUCCCGUUCAACCCAACCGCAGUCUGGAAGAGACUGGGGGCCCCUUUCAUUCCACCAAGCAAGGCCAGCAGCAUUCCUACGGAACCAAAUAAGGAGAAAAUCACAUUCCUAACCGCCGUCCCGACAAUAUACAACCGGCUCCUAUCAACUCACAAAUCCCUCCCAACGAAAAUUCAACAAGCAACACAAACUGCCAUCUCCCCCAUUAACCUCCGGCUGAACAUAUCCGGAUCUGCUGCUCUACCAACCCCCACAAAGACUGCGUGGACAGAGCUGAGUCACGGAAACGUCCUCCUAGAACGCUAUGGGAUGACCGAAGUCGGCAUGGCGCUCAGCUGUGGUUUGAAUUUCGCCGACCGCGUCGACAACAGUGUCGGCUGGCCUCUCCCCUACGUCGAAUGCAGACUCUUCGACGCGGAUGCGAAUGAGGUCAUCAUGCCAGGUGAAGAGAUUGACGCGACUGGGCGCGAGAGAGUAGGGGAGAUCCAACUGCGAGGGCCGACAGUCUUCAAGGAGUAUUGGAGGAACGAGAAGGCUACGAGGGAAGAGUUCACGGAGGAUGAAGAUGGAGGGGGCCGUUGGUUUAAAACCGGCGAUGUGGCUGUGCGCAGACAUGUUGCUACCGCUGGUGUGAGACGUGAGGGGCAGGAGUGGUGCCGGGGUCCGUUGUAUUUCAUCCAAGGCCGUACGAGCGUGGAUAUCAUUAAAACGGGUGGUGAGAAGGUUAGCGCGUUGGAGAUUGAGCGGGAGUUAUUGACCUUACCCCAAGUCGCAGAAGCAGCCGUCCUAGCCGUCCCCUCGCGCAAAUGGGGCCAAAAGGUUGGGGUCGUCCUCGUCCUCAGCCCUGAUUUUGCAAAUACCGGUCGCGGGGGGAAAACAUGGGGUAUUAUGGAUAUGCGUCGCGCGCUUAAAGGAAAGCUAGCGGCGUAUAAGAUUCCGUCGGAGAUGCGGACAUUGAAGGAUGGGCUGCCGCGGAAUGCAAUGGGGAAAGUCAACAAAAAAUCACUGGCGAAAUUAGUAUUCGCGGAUUUGCUGGAGUCCUAA